AUGUCAUCGAGUUAUCGUCCGAUUGCAAACGCGACUCCACUCGGUCUCCUCGCGUUUGGUACAACAACUGCUAUUCUGUCCGCAGGUUUAUGCACCAUCGCCGAAAAAGAUCGAAACGCGGCGUUGACCGUAGGCUUUGCGUUUGGUUUCGGCGGCGUCGUACAAUUUCUCGCCGGUAUCAUCGAGUUUGUCCGAAACAACGAGUUUUCGGCAACUGCGUUUUGCGUAUACGGCGGGUUUUGGCUCUCCUACGGCGUUUGGAAGAUUAUGGAAACGACCGGUGUGUUUGUUCCAGACGCAAACACGUUGUCCUACUACUCAGCCGCGUGGGCCGUGGUCACGUUCAUCUUACUCAUUCAAACGUUUAAAAUCAACAUGGCCAUCGCGUUGCUCUUUGCGAACCUCACCUUCUUCUUCGUCCUCCUCUCCGCGGCGGAACAAACGAGUUCAGACUCGUUCCUCAUGAAGUUUACCGGUGGCUGGGGCAUCUGGACCGCCCUCUCGGCGGUCUACGCCGCCGCCGGUGAGCUCACCAACACCACGUACGAAAAAGAAGUCGUACCGAUGGGGAACUUCGGCGAGGUCGAUUACGGCAUCGCCAGUCCCGGCAAAGGCGAGUCCGUGGUGAAGAAAACGGAAGCGCCGACUGGGAACAUCGCCUGA